CAGAAAAUGGCUAACCUCCGAGUGUAUCUUUGCUAUGAAAAAACUUCCCCGGAUCGUCUUCCUUAGCUAUUAAAUACAUUGUUGCACAUUAGUUUGUAGAAUAUCGUUGAGUUUGAUUGUUUAUAUUAACGAAUAGCGUACAACAUAAAUAUUUUCUUUUUCUCCGUAGUAUGGAAUUCACAAAUUACGAGUGUAAAUUAGAGACUCAUAUGCUGCUCUUCUAAAUCUUAUUUAUCGUUCAGCAACAGUUUUAUAUGCAUUGCGAAUACACAUAUAUGCAAAAAAUAUAACGAAAAAUAGAACGACUCUUCAAUCUCCCAGAUGUAUGUAUUUAUAGCUUCAUACAAUUGCCGGCACUACUUUAGUUCAUUCUUCGCCGUCAAAUAGAAUACAUAUAUCGAAAUGAGUUUGGUCGGCAAGGUAGUAAUAGUGACUGGAGCAAGUUCAGGUAUAGGUGCUGCCAUAGCAGAAGCCUUUGCCAAGAGUGGAGCCAGAGUAGCGCUCAUCGGACGAAAUGAAGCCAAUUUGAAGGCCACUGAAGCGGCUUGCAAAACAGCCAACAGCAAAGCCGAACUAUUGCUUAUCACAGCUGAUGUAACGGUGGAUGCUGAGCGCAUAAUAAAUGAAACAGUACAAAAAUUCGGGCAGCUGGAUGUGUUGGUGAACAAUGCUGGCAUACUGGCUUAUGGAAAUAUUUUGGACAUUAGUGUGGAGCAAUUUGACAGCAUU